CUGACUUCAUGUUCACUCCAGCAGGUGUUUACUUAAGGGGGUGCAGCAUGCCUGCUGAAAUACAAAUCAAUAUAACAAAGCUGAAGUCAUCUCGUUGGAUUUAGCUAGCAAAUAUUCAUUUGACAGGGUUUUUAUAGGGGGGGGAACCAGUUUGCCCUUCUGCCUCUGAAGAGAUAACAGCAUAAAAAAUCGGAAGCACGGAUACUGGAAGAUCACCUUCACAGAAGCACUGGAAGUGUUUGGUUUUGAAAGAGGACAGGCCGUUGGGAACUGUGCUGCCUGGAGAGACUUUGAGUACAGAAAAGGAGAAGAAGCAAUGACUUGUUGGGAUCUAGAUGGGGCUAGCCUGCUGUAAAGAAUCUUCCCAAGUAAUGGAAAGGAAUAGGAACCCAACUCCUGAGAUGUACCCAAGGAAACCUGAGCCAGAUGUGCCAAAGUCAGAGAGAGCAGGAAAUUUGACUUCCACUGUGAAAUUUAAGAACCAGGACUUUGUUCAGUUGAGAGACCACUGCCUGAAUCAUGGUGUUCUUUUUCAAGAUGAGACAUUCCCUGGAAACCUCAGUUCCAUUGGACACUUGCCCUUUCUAAAGAAGCCAUAUAUAAUCGAGUGGCGGAGACCAACUGAGAUCCUCUCAUACCAGAGCCCUCUUUUGAUUGUGGAUUCUGUGAGCAGAUUUGAUAUUCUUCAAGGGCCUAUAGGUGAUUGUUGGGUUCUAGCAGCUCUUGGUUCUUUGACCUUACAACCACGGUUCCUGGAAAACGUGAUUCCAAGAGACCAAGGAUUCCGACACAAUUAUGCAGGGAUUUUUCAUUUUCGGUUCUGGUACCUUGGAGACUGGCUGGAUGUGGUGAUAGAUGACCGACUGCCUUUUCUCAAUGGAGAAUACUUAUCCGUUCAUCCCCGGAGCAGAAAUGAAUUCUGGCCGCCACUGCUUGAAAAAGCCUAUGCCAAAUUGCACGGCUCCUAUCAGAAGUUGCACAUGGGCUACAUUUCUGAGGCUUUAGUGGACUUCACAGGCGGGGUCCAGAUAUCUUUGGACCUUCCUCGCCCUUCCUCUUAUCUGUAUGAGGUAGUGAAGGCUGCUGCCAAGUCAGGUUGCCUCAUGGGAUGUGUCACUCCUCCAGUGAAAAAUAACGUAAACGAGAAGAAUGGAAUUGUUCAAGGUCAUGCCUACACUGUUGUGGAGACUGCAGAGGUUCCCUAUAUGGGUAUGAAGGAACGUUUAAUUAGACUUUGGAAUCCUUAUGGCCAUAAGGAGUGGAUUGGAGCAUGGAGUGAUCGUUCCACGGAAUGGGAUCGAGUCCCGAAGCAAUACAAGAAAUCUCUGUAUGAAGACAAGGAUAACGGCGAGUUCUGGAUGUCAUAUGAAGAUUUCCAAGAACAUUUUUUAUUUUUGCAUGUUUGCAAUAAUGUGCCAACCUUCCUAGACUUUGGAGUGCAGAGGAGCAACAUGUGGUCUGUGCAAAUGCAUGUCGACAGAUGGGUUCAAGGGCUCUCCCCAGAAGGUGCCUUUUCCAGAAAUCCUCGGUAUUUAGUCCAGGUGCAGGAGCCGGACAUGAAAAAUUCCAAUGUUGUGGUAUCACUGACACAGAAACUUGUAAAUGAUACAAGGAGUCCACAACCUCCAGAACCUCCAGGCAUUCGUUUCGUAAUACUCAAGGACAGAACCACCGUUUACAACAAGGGAUUCAUAAAACAACGCGAUGUCACUAGGAUAUUUCAGUUGAGACCUGGGACCUACACCAUUAUUCCAGAAAUAUCACAAGGAGGCCAAGAGUCAGAAUUCAUUAUACGAAUCUUUCUAAAGAACCAAAACAACUACAGGGCACCAAAUACUGAGCUGAGUCCAGUGGUAACAGAGCGCAGUCCUAUGUACUCAGAAGUAGGUCCCAAUAAGGAAGCUGGAACUUACCGCCAGGUUGUGCCCAAGUGGAAUCAAGACAACUCCUAUGAAAACAUCUUCCUAAGAUAUGCUAAUCAGGCCUCUUACUUGGAUGCCUCACAGCUGCAAGGAAUUCUGAAUGAAAUAGUCCAGAAAGAUCUAAUGGCCAGUCGGGGAAGCGGAGAUGGAUUCAGCUUCGAUUCGUGCAGGAGCCUUUUAGCUCUGAUGGAUGCCAGUAAUAAUGGAAGACUCACGCUGCAAGAGUUUGAAAAGCUUUGGCGAAAUCUCUAUAAGUAUAAGGACAUUUUUGAAAGAGAAGAUGAAAAUAAUUCUGGAUUCCUAUAUAUUUCGAAUUUGAGAAGAGUAAUAGAGCAAGAAGGUCUGUUCAUCGAUGACACAACCCUCCAGCUGAUGACCGUGCGAUACGGUGACUCCUUGAUGAGGAUAAACUUUCCUGAUUUUGUGUGCUGCAUGGUUCGUCUUAAGACCAUGGCAAAGGCAUUUCGCAAUUUAUCUGCAGAUGGGAGAGGAAUCUAUUUCACUGAAGAUCAGUGGAUGACGAUGACAAUGUACUGCUAAGCAAGUGACAAGGCUCUAUAAAUGCUGCUGAAGAGGUGUGAAGAAUGACAUAUGAAGAAUGACAAGUGAAGUGGCUGUGUCGUCACUGCAGCCUCUCUACGAUGGCGGGGCAGUGGAGGGAGUAGCCACUGUUGAAACUAUGGAGCACAUCCAAAUGUAGUGCAGCGGUUAAACUGUUAGAAUCGACCAGCUGAUGAGGGAUGUAGUUUUCCUGCUCUUUUCUUAAAUAAAGUUUUUCUAUUGGUUUUA